UUUAUUGCCCAGCUGCUAGGGCUCCUGAUCAGCGUGGUCAGCUCCAUCUUCUGUGGCCACCUGGGGAAAGCUGAGCUGGAUGCCGUGACGCUGGCUGUGUCUGUUAUCAACGUGACCGGCAUCUCCAUCGGUAGCGGUUUAGCCUCAGCAUGCAACACGCUGAUGUCCCAGACAUACGGCGGCAAGAACCUGAAGCAGGUGGGCACCAUCCUGCAGCGAGGGAUCCUCAUCCUGCUGCUCUGCUGCUUCCCUUGCUGGGCGGUCUUCAUCAACACCGAGCAGAUCCUCCUGCUCAUCCGACAGGAUCCCGAGGUCUCCAGGUUAACUCAGCUCUACGUGAUGAUCUUUAUUCCAGCGCUUCCUGCGGCGUUUCUGUACCAGCUGCAGACGAGAUAUUUACUAAGCCAGGCCAUCAUUCUGCCUCAGGUGUUGACAGGGAUUGCAGUCAACAUCCUCAAUGCAGCCAUGAACGCCUUCUUCCUAUAUGCACUGAAGCUGGGCCUGGUGGGCUCUGCCUGCGCUAACACUGUUUCUCAGUACGCCCAGGCCAUUCUCCUCUUCCUUUACGUGUGGAGGAAGAAGAUCCAUGUGGAGACCUGGGGAGGUUGGACCAGGGACUGCCUCCUGGACUGGGGUUCCUUUAUCCAGCUGGCUGUGCCCGGCAUGCUCAUGAUGUGUAUUGAAUGGUGGACCUUUGAGAUCGGGAGCUUCUUGGCAGGGCUGCUUAGUGUGGUGGAGCUGGGCACGCAGUCUGUCAUCUACGAGAUCUCCUCUGCGGCGUACAUGGUGCCUCUGGGCUUCAGCGUGGCCGCGAGUGUCAGAGUGGGCAAUGCCUUGGGAUCGGGAGACGCCGUGCAAGCCAAGACGUCCUGUGUCACUGCACUGCUAUGCGCAGGAGUUUUUGCUGUGGUGGUUGCAACAAUCCUGGGAAGCCUAAAGGACGUGGUGGGAUACAUCUUCACCAGUGACAAGGAGAUCGUUACCCUGGUGUCCAAAGUGAUGAUGAUCUUCGCUCCGUUCCACUUGUUUGAUGCAACAGCAGCGACUUGUGGUGGCGUGCUGCAGGGCACAGGGAAGCAGAAGAUGGGUGCUAUCGCCAACGCCAUCGGCUAUUACGCCAUCGGCCUGCCCAUCGGCAUCUCACUGAUGUUUGCAGCGAAGAUGGGAGUGUUGGGUCUGUGGGUGGGGAUGAUCGUUUGCAUCUCUUUGCAAGCCCUUUCCUUCUUGGCUGUUGUCAUACGCAUGGAUUGGAAGAAAGUUGCAGAAGAGGCUCAAGUUCGAGCGGGCCUGAAAAAACAACUGGAAGAUGUGAAUUCCAGUGGCACAGCUGCUAACAAAAUAUCUGCCGUGGAUUAUGUCUCCGUCAACACAGACACCGUGGAAACCAUGGUCCUGCCGGAGAGCAUCAUUGGAGGCGAGAGGCAACCUGACCACGAGGUCAUUGUGGCGCAGGAGGAGGUUUCCAUUAUCCCUGCUCCCCCCGCUGUGCUGUGGAGGACCCUCAUCAUCCGCCGCGUCCUGGCUGCCGCCGCUGCUGUCUCUGUCCUACUGGUGGGCAUACUGGUCCGGCUCCUGACCGGCAAUGGCUAG